AUGUCAAUACUUUCAAACACUGAAUGUCACAAUUCUCAGCGAGAUUCAUGUUUUCAAGAAUUGGCCGAUGAUAUUAUUUAUUCAAUUCUAGAAUUUUCAGAAUCCCUAUUUAUUCUUCGGGUGUGUAUGAGAAUAUCAAAACAAUGGUUAAGGAAGGCUUUGGAAAUUCCACUCUCAUACAAAUUUUAUGGGACAACAAUGGUGGAUCAUUGUUAUCAAAGUUAUGAGAAGUCAAUUUCAAACACCAUCAACAGAAGCAAUAUUAUCAUGAUGAGCACCGAAUCCACGAACACGGUUGGAAAAAUUUUGGAGAACAUGACCGAGCUGAGCUUUGUCGGUGUGGAUAUGAAUACUCUGAGUGAAAAUAAUGUGAUCCAUAUGAUCACUCAAUUGAAAUUUAGGAAGAAAUUGAAAAAACUAGAAAUUUCACAAUGUUCAUUGUUGUCACAUAAUGUGAAAAGAUUGUUGUCCUGCGAAAAUUUGCAAAAUUUGGAGAAUUUGGUGCUCACAAAAACUGAGCUUAAAAGUGAAGCCGUUGAGUAUAUUUGUAAGAGUACCUUGUUGAAGAGAUUACAAUCGUUGAACCUUUCUUCGAAUGACAUUACAGAUGUAGAUAUGAAAAUGAUUUCCGAGAGUGAAACUUUAUGCAAUGUGACACAGUUAAACCUUUCACAUACAAAAAUUCAGCAUUCCGGUAUAAUAGCACUCAUGAACAGUCCCUUCAUCACUCAAUUGUCAACCUUACAUUUGGGAUAUUUAAAAUUUCAAUCAAAUGAACUUCAAACCAUUGUAUCCAACCCUCGUUGUAACCAUUUACGUAGCAUCCAUCUACAGUGUAAUAGUAUUCGCACGGAAGGCGCAAGAAUACUGGCACGAAGUGAAUUUGUGUACAAUAUCACACAAUUGGAUUUGGGUCACAACAAAAUUCAAAACGAUGGUGUCAAUUAUAUUGUUACCAGUACUAACUUGAAGAAUUUAAAGGAAUCGAAGAUUAUUCCUUGGAAAUAA